AUGAGGCAAGACUUCUGCCGCCCUUUCCAUACACAAUUUAGUCAGGCAUUAACCGAUAUGCAGGCUGUCUGUUUGGAUAUCGACGACCCAGAUUGGCAACCGUUGGAAAACAAUGUCAAAUUAAAGCCCUCAGAAAACACAGUCUUCGUCGUCGUCGAUGCCAGGAACAAGAAAGGUGCGAUUUUUGUCCACGAGUCGGAGAGCAAUGAGUAUGUCGGAGGUUUUGGAAUCGAUGAGCUAGGGAAUGUGGUAAUUAUCCCUUGGGAUCAUGGCUGGUUUUACUACACCACCGGCUGUCUCCGGGUAGGGUAUAUGGUGAAGUUGGAGGAUUAG